AUGGCCAACAGCGAGUUUGAAUAUGUGCGCAAGUUCGAAGAAUGGGAUGCCCUCGCCCCUAGUAAUUGGAUCGUCGUAAGAAUCGAUGGAAGAGGUUUCAGCAAAUUCUCCAAACGACAAAGUUUCGCUAAGCCAAAUGACCGUCGCGCCAUAGACCUGAUGAAUGCCGCCGCUGUCGAAGUCGUCAAGCAAUUUACCGACAUUGUUAUUGCCUACGGCCAAUCAGACGAAUACAGCUUUGUGCUUCAUGAGGACUGCCAACUUUUCGAACGGCGAGCAGCAAAACUUGCAACGAGUAUUUCGACAGCAUUCUCUGUCGAAUAUUGUAUGCAAUGGGACAAGUAUUUCCCGGGGCAAGCUCUGGAAAGGCCAUUCCCGACAUUCGACGGAAGAUGUGUCUUGUAUCCCAAAAAGAAAAUUUUGAGGGAUUACUUGAGUUGGCGGCAAGCUGAUUGUCAUGUUAACAACCUCUACAAUACAACAUUCUGGAAUAUGGUCAAGGGAAAUCCGGCCACGGAGACACCACCCAUGACUACCACAGAAGCCGAGCUAGCAUUGAAGGGUACCUUUUCAGCAGACAAGAACGAGAUUCUUUUCAAGAAAUUCAACAUCAACUACAAUGCAGAAGAUGAGAUAUGGAAGAAGGGCAGUGUCGUGUACAGAAAAUUUGAAGACAAGCAAACGACCGAAGCAGCAACGUCGGGCAACCAAAUCGUUAAGCCUGCGGAUGAUCAUGAAAAGAAGAAGCCAAAGUCUAAAACACAAUUGGAAAAAGAAAGGAAGAGGAAGCAAAAGGCUAGGGUUGUGGUUGAGCACGUCGACAUUAUCAAGGAUAAAUUCUGGCAGGAGAACCCAUGGAUUCUGGAGUAG